CCAUUGGCUGUCACACUAAUCAGCAGCGGGACAUGAGGACAGCGUGUUGAUAGCUCAGACAUUAAAAGCAGGUUGAUAGCUAUUCUUAUAAACCUUUAUUUGCAUCAUCGUCUAAUCUUAAUUGCUGUUUUAAUUAAUCCGCUUUAUAGACCGGGCUUUGUGUGUAGUUUUUGCGACGGGAACCAUGUUUUUGUGUCGUGGAGCGAGGCUGUCGGCGACGGCUUUGGAGCUGAGUUUAAACUCCACGACACGGGCAGCGUUGCAAGCAGCGGCGCAACUUAAAACAAACAGACCAGCUGACAUUACCUGGCCAUUGCGUAACAACAGCAAUACAUUCAAUUGCUCCCGAGGGUUUUGUGGAUAUAUCGGUGAUGGUGGUUGGGAUGAUUCUGCACUUUCGCCUGAUGUAAAGAGGGAGAAGGACAUGUUUUCCGUUAAAAACUGGGACUCUGUUCGUUUCAUAAUCACGCAUCGGGAACAAUUACCUCGAGGAACCCUGUUCGCUUUGAAUUUCUCCAACAAAACGAUUUUCAGCCCUACAUAUUGUAACACUAGCUUACUGCUUUAUCGGAGGAAUGGAGGCCAAAACAGACAGAAACUACAUGUAGAUGGACUUGAAGCUGUUUUGUUUACGUCUGGCGCGAAGGUCUGCAAGCAUCGCUUCUAUCCCACAUCGACUGUGCAAAUGAGGGAUCUAUCCUCUGUUGCUGCCGCACCAAAACGCCUGGAAGACUCGGCCGCAGAUCUCAAAGAGGACCAGACUCCAAAGGAAGCCUCAGCCAAGGGCCCUGAGGAGCCCAAGGUACCGGAGCCUGAAGAGGACAAACCUAGCAAGACCCAGCAGCUGAAGAAGGUGUUUAAGGAGUACGGAGCAGUUGGAGUCUCCUUCCACAUAUGCAUCUCCCUCAUGUCUCUGGGAAUGUUCUACCUCGCUGUGUCCAGUGGGAUUGACAUGGCUGCCAUCCUGUACAAGAUAGGUUUCAGUGAAUCUCUGCUUCAGUCCAAGUUGGCGGCGGGGACCAGUACGUUUGUCUUGGCGUACGCCGUCCACAAGCUCUUUGCUCCUCUCCGUAUCAGCAUCACUCUGGUGUCGGUGCCUCUCCUCGUACGGUACCUCAGAAAGACUGGCCUCUUCAAGACCCCCAACUCACCCACACCCUGAUUGGCAGAGACCACCACCUCACCCACACCCUGAUUGGCAGAGACCACCACCUCACCCACACCCUGAUUGGCAGAGACCACCACCUCACCCACACCCUGAUUGGCAGAGACCACCACCUCACCCACACCCUGAUUGGCAGACACCACCACCUCCUCUAUAACUUCCAUAACUUUACAAAUAUUACCUGUUUUUUCAGAAAUCGCUCCCAAACAGGGACUUUCUGUGAUGUUUUUUGGAAUUUUGAAACUCCUUGAUAACCCACGAGGCUAACUUUUAACCCACCUGUGAAUAUGCAUAACCAUUUGCCUUGAUAAAUGAAAGUUCAGUAGUUAUUCCUCAAGAUGUCUGUUUCAAGACUGCAGUUGCCGUUGUGUUUUCAGGUGAAGUAUUGUUUUACCUUAGCUUCUGCUUAACAGAAGCCAUGGUCCAUGGUGAUUUGUUGACCCGUAAGUUCAUGAAGAAAUGUGCCAUGUCUUUCUUUUAAUUAUUGGAAGAAAAUAUGAAAGAAAAAAAUAUGAAUGCACUGUUCCAGGGCAAAAGGGGGGGAGCAACUCAAUAUUAGGAAGGUGUCCUUUUAAUGUUUUGUACACUCAGUGUAUAUGCAUUCUAAAAAAAGACAACCAAGGGCGAUCUGUCCCAGGUCUAUUGAUUUACAAUCAUAUUAAACCAGUUGUUACUGGACAAAUACAUCAGGGAUGGUGGCUAAACCCUUCCUUAUUUAACAGAAGUUCAGAAUGUUCGAAAGAAUGUUGUUUAGGAAUAGGCGUGUGCUUGUUGGUCGGUCAGUCAGCAACUCUUUGUGCUGUGAAGGUUCUCUACGGGGGGAUGAUGUAGCUGCUCAAUCACCUCUACUGGCUGUUGGGUGAGUAGCCAUGUUCUCGUCUGUUCCCAGUGCUAGGUGAAUGAAUCGGCAGAAAUAUUCAGGUGCCCUUCUGUUAAAUCUCUCCCAUGUCAUUUUGCCUGGAACCAAAAACUGCUCUUUUUCACCAUGGUUUUACUUCAGGUGGUGAAAAAGGAGCACAACAGUUUGGAUUCCAGGCUACCUUUUUAAUAAUUAGCCAAGCAAUCAUCAUUUUUGUCCAAUGUAAGUUAUUUUAUAGCCUGAUUCCUGCUCUGUUAGUGCUGCAACUCCUAUGGUCAUUGUUGUGUUUGGUAUGAGAAUACGAUAAGAGUUGGCAAGACAGUACAAACAGAUCUGGGACCAGGCUAAGUUCUCUAUGAUAAGCUCUGUAUUUAGUAAGGACAUACCGAGAUGUUAGUAUAUCCUUCCAUACUAUGAUUAUGAUACUUGUGUAAAAUAUAUUUUUUGGAUUGGAGUUUUAUUUAAUGAUUAAAAGGGACUGUUAUCCUU